AUGGAUGGGUUGGAGCCAGAGGAGGUGGAGGAGGGGGUGGGAGAGGGUGGUGGAGGGGUGGCGACAAAGGCAGCCUCACAGCAUGUGGCUGAAGGAGGAGGGAGCAUGGGGGUUAAGGUGGGGAGAAAGCGGGCGUCCAUUGCGGGGAUGAAGCGGAGGAAGAGGGCGAACAAGUUGAAGGAGCGAGCGUAUCCCUGCACAUUCACUGGGAAGCUCUUGGGUGAGGGUGUGGUCACUCCGGAGUUCCUAGACGAGGACGGAGGGUCCGAGAGUAGUAAGGGGACUGGCAAGGUCUAUGCAGCAGGCGCUCUCCAGUCCGCCAUUGCGGAGAUGCUGGCGAAGGAGGGGGAGUUGGGGUGCAAGGUGUCGAUCACCAUCGACAUGUGGACGGCACCCAACAACAAGGCAUGGCUAGUGGUGAUUGGUCAGUGGAUAGACGAGAACUUCCAGCUGCGCACAAUGGUGCUUGAGUUCUGUGAGAUGCUCGGGCGGCAUGGGGGCAGGGAGAUGGCGCAGGUGGUUGAGGAGACGGUUGUGCAGUGGGGGUUGGAGGGGCGUUGUAUUGGUGUCACGACAGACAACACCUCUAGCAACAUUGCCGCCUUCAGGCGGAUGUCGGAGGAGGGUGGUGGUCAGUGCUUCUUCAACUCGCGCAUGCACUUUCGGUGCUUGGCACACGUGAUAAACCUUGCAGUGCAGGCAGCACUGUCUGGCUUGUCGAAGACCGACAAGAAGAAGGUGGAGAGUCUGCGCCUGACAGACGCAGAUUGGGAGACCCUGCAGGCGGUGAAGACAUUCCUAAGCCCCUUUGCCAAAGUCUCCAAGGCAGCUGAGGGGGCGGCGUACCCGACUGUGUCGAUGGUGGUGACGUACUACAACAACCUGAUCGACGCCAUGGAGUCGCGCCUUGCCAAGGGGCCAUCUCCGACGCUGCAGCCGAUGAUCGUGGCGGCGCUGAGCCACUUGAAGAAGUACGCCUACAUCACCAGCAACGAGUACUGGAUCGCCACCUUCUUGGACCCAUCCAUGAAGGCGGCGUGGUUCGACGACGCGCACUGGGAGAAGCUGCAUAUCUGA